CAUCAUGAGUGCUGUGGGCAUCACAGGCGCGCGCAGCAUUUUUCCCCGGGAACGCGCCCGUGAUGCCCACAAGUGCUGCCUACGUAGACAGAUGAUCAGAUCUGCGUGUUUGAGAAGCAGAACUAUAGAAACUCGCUCAGUGUUGCGCUGAAGAGUGAAGAGUUCAUAUCGCCUCUGGAAUACUGUUGGCCGGUUCAUAUGAUGCGCGCGCAACUCGGGCGCGAACGUCAUUCUAACGGACCCGUUAACUAGAAGACAGCUGAUGACGGGACGAUGAUCGGGCACGAGCGAAGUUUACCGGCCAGCGCGUCCCGUAGGAGACUCUCACGGGUCGGGAGGAAACACAGUAAUGGAUCCGUCCAGUCGAGCUCAUCCAGCGGCACGGGCAGAUCCACGGAGAGCGUCGGGAUCCGACAACCGGCCAAGAACAAGAUCCGGCGUCAGCGUCUGUCCGCUGUGUUCGGCCGCGGCCCUCAUAGAGACUCGGCUGAGGUGACGGACGAUCCCUCAGAACUGUCCAAUCAGGUCUCGGCUCCCGGCAUCCUGAAGAUCUUCGGCACUGAGAUUUGCGAAGGAGCGAAUUACAAGAGCGUUCUUGCCACGACACACUCCAGUGCCAAAGAGCUGGUCAAAGAGGCUCUCUCCAGAUACUCCCUGAGCAAAGAAGAAUCUGAUGAGUAUGUGUUGUGUGACGUGAUCGGCUGUGUGGAGAACCAGCGCUGGAGGACUGAAUGUGUUCGUGUGGUUGGAGACGAUGAGAAGCCGCUCUUGCUGCAGUCGCUCUGGAAGCCCAGAGAAGGUUUCGCUCGCCGAUUUGAGAUCCAGCGCAAGGCUACAGUGGAAGAAAACAACUCUAAAGACAAAGACACGGUGACCGCUGGCAUAAACGCACAGGCACGGAAGCUGCAGAAGACUCGCUCCCGUGGGCGAUCGGUCCGGCUGGACGAUGGAAAACACAAUAUGUUUAAGAGUCUCAGCCUGACGAACCUGAGAGUCGAGGCUCACACAAACCUCACGGAGGAUCCAGAGGCCGAGGUCUACAAACACACACACUGUCCCGCUGGUGAGCGCGAGGAGACGGAGAGCAGCGAUGACAACGACACACAGUUUUCCAUUCAUCCGCCGCUGGAUUUUCCCUACUUUCUGCUUCUGCAGGGCUUCAGUUACACACAGGAUUUUGUCAUCUAUCCCCUGAUCAACAGCAGCUCAGUGUUCGGACGGCGUGUCAAUCCGACCGAGUGCGACAGCGACUCACAACGCCUGGAUCUCUGGGCUCCGGAUCUGCUUCCUCGCCACUGUCUCGUCCGACGCCUCGACUUGAAACCCGAGACGCUCCUGAAACCCGAGACGCUCCCGAAACCCCUCGACGUGAAACCCGAGACGCUCCUGAAACCCGAGAUGCUCCCGAAACCCCUCGACGUGAAACCCGAGACGCUCCCGAAACCCCUCGACGUGAAACCCGAGACGCUCCCGAAACCCCUCGACGUGAAACCCGAGACGCUCCUGAAACCCGAGAUGCUCCCGAAACCCCUCGACGUGAAACCCGAGACGCUCCCGAAACCCCUCGACGUGAAACCCGAGACGCUCCUGAAACCCCUCGACAUGAAACCCGAGACGCUCCUGAAACCCCUCGACGUGAAACCCGAGACGCUCCUGAAACCCCUCGACGUGAAACCCGAGACGCUCCUGAAACCCCUCGACGUGAAACCCGAGACGCUCCCGAAACCCCUCGACUUGAAACCCGAGACGCUCCCGAAACCCCUCGAUGUGAAACCCGAGACGCUCCUGAAACCCCUCGACAUGAAACCCGAGACGCUCCUGAAACCCCUCGACGUGAAACCCGAGACGCUCCUGAAACCCCUCGACGUGAAACCCGAGACGCUCCUGAAACCCCUCGACGUGAAACCCGAGACGCUCCUGAAACCCCUCGACGUGAAACCCGAGACGCUCCUGAAACCCCUCGACUUGAAACCCGAGACGCUCCCGAAACCCCUCGAUGUGAAACCCGAGACGCUCCUGAAACCUGUGACACUUCUGAAGCCGCUCGCCGGAGCCGGAGUGACGAGGAACGGAUCUGCUGUCCGUCAGGAGGUGGAGCUGCGCUCGGGAGACGUCAUCGGUCUGGGACAUCAUUACCUCUUCAUGUAUAAAGACCCGACUUCUGAACACCCAACUCUCUGUCAAGUGUGUGUGCUGUCAGCGAAACCCAGAAGGCCUCGAGGCUUCAGAGACGCUGAGGGAGCAGAACUGGCUCUGCCGUACGAUGUCGAGCACGAAUCCCGGGUCCUGCAGGAGAUCUUCUCCACGGUGGAUCAGGAUAAACACACACACAAACUGAGCGCUGCGUUCCUGCUUUGUUUGUGUUUCCAGCAAUCCGUCAAUCACUUCUCAAUGCCGGCCCUCCGAAGACUCCUGUUACACACAGCCAAUCAGCUUCAGACGCUCGUGUGGGAAAAGGCGAAAGAUCUUGCAGCGUUGCAGUCUAAAAUACGUGAUUCAGAAGCAGAGGACCGGCUGAUCCGGGGUCUGGAGCCGCUGGUCCUGUGGAUGGCCAACUCCACCGAGAUCCUUCACUUCAUCCACCAGGAUCUUCCUCGUCUUCUGCAUGGCAUCUCUCAGGAGGAGGAGGAGGAGGAGGAAGACUGCAUUGCGGUUCUGGAGCUUCGGCUUUCGUCGGUGCGGCCCGCCAGCGAAGAGGCCAUGACGGUUCUGGAGGAAGUUCUGAUGUUCACCUUCCAGCAGUGUGUCUAUUACCUCACCAAGAUGCUGUAUCCGCUUCUGCCGGGCUUUCUGGACAGCAAUGCGUUCUCGGAGAGCGGGACGCUGCACGUUCCCGAAGACGUCCGGCGAGUCCUGCACAUCUGCACACACACACUGCGUUUACUGCGAGUCUUCCAGGUGCAUCCACUGAUCCUACAGCAACUCUUCGCCUACAUCUUCUUCUUCAUCAACGCUCUGCUGUUCAACCUGCUGAUGGAGAGAGGGUCCGGCGGGACGUUUUUCCACUGGUCGCGCGGGGUCCAGAUCAGGGCUAACCUGGACCUGCUGAUGGACUGGGCUCACAGUGCCGGACUCGGGGAUCUGGCUCACCGUUUCCUUCUCAAGAUCUCCUCCGCUGUCAAUCUACUGGCCACGCCGAAGGAGAACCUCUUACAGAUGUGCUGGAAGACUCUGCGGAUGGAGUUCAGGAGUCUGAACGCGGCUCAGCUUGAUCACAUGAUGAGAGAGUACGAGCCUCGACACUCGUGUGCCGAUACGUGGACUCCUUCCAGUGACGAGACUCUCACGAGCGCCGAUAUCCUGGAGAGUUUCGACAAUCAUCCGCCUCUCGUUCUUCCGGCCGACGGUUUCACACUCGAGCUCAAGAGGCCAAUCAGCGACAGCCGUCUGAUCGAACAACUACAUCACUUCCUGCGGGUCAUCGGGACAAUCACAGACCCAGAACCGCCUCAGCUGGUGUCUGCGGUGCCGACGGAGGCCAAGCUCAUCAAGCUGGAAGUCCAUCCGAAAGCUCGUCUGGAGGUCGGUCAGGCGGAGUGUGUGUUUCCUCAUGCGAUCGACUCGGGAUCUCGGGACGCUCUUUUAACCUCGAAGCUGCAGAAUCUGGAUCUUCAGGAUAAAGCUGAGACCUACACCGCUCUAUCGGCGGACCCGUCCUGUUUACUGACGCCACCGGACACACCGGACACACACGAGCAUGCGAGUGAAGUGUGUGAGAAUGGAGAGGAAGAGGAUGAUGUGUUUGUGCUGGAGCUGCAGAGAUCAGCGUGUGGUUUGGGUCUGAUGCUGGUCGACGGACAGGAAACCCCGUUUCCCGUCAGUGGGAUUUACAUCCGAUCGGUUCUUCCCGACUCUCCGGCCGCUUUAUCCCGCAGACUGAGAGAAGGCGAUCGGAUACUCGCGGUGAACGGACUGAGUCUGGCGGGACUCGACUAUCAGACUUCCCUGGAGCUCAUUCAGAAGUCAGGAGACACACCUCGGCUACUGGUUGCCAGAUCUCACAGCGCUACAUAAGAAACGAGGACAAAACUUUCUGCGUAAUCCUAAAUAGAGGAUCUGUUGUGCGCUUUUGUUUUCAGGUUCUCCUGCUUGAAUGUUGAUUAUUCUCCAUUGUUGCGGCUCCUCUAACGCUCUGUUUACUUCCUGUCUCUAUGAAGCCCCUCCUCCUGAAAAGCACACUGUGCUCUGAUUGGACGGCUGGAGCAGUGUGUGAUUGGUCGAGUGCUGAGUGUGUUUGGGAAAUGCCCCGCCCCUAAUUACCAUAAUCGCCAGUCUAACACACUACUAACCAACUCAACCAGGCCCCGCCCCUUUAUUCUACGCAUAAAUUAUUAUAAUGAGGAAUAUUGAGACGUGUUCCCGUGCGUUUCAGGAGUUCAGAAACACUGACACUGAUAUAGAGAAAGAGAAGAACUCCUGCUGGAGGGACUUUGUGAACAAAACCAAGUGACAUAUUUAUAUGUACAUGUCCCUGUUUAUUAUCAUUUCAAUUGUGUAAUCUUUGCAUUUUAAUUGAAUUUUUGUUAUUAAAAAUAUAUAUGUGA